AUGAAUACAGAGCCUCCAGACGUGGAGCCUACGGGGCAGGCCGGUCAAAGUACUAGUCUUGGUGGAGGUGAACAGGGAGGACAGAGUGGAACACCGGAUGGAGGAGAUGGAGAAGGCGAACACAGCUGGAUAUCUACAAUAAUUGACAAGAUCAUUCCUAACCUCCCUGGUGCCGGUAACCGCAAUACAUCUGCUGGGAAUACUGCUCCCAUGGACUCGCAGCCUUCAGGAACGCUCAACACUGAUGGGAUGACUGACCAAUCAAGAUUAGAUCCUGAUAUUGUCAUUGAGCAUGCCAGAGGGGCAAGAGCUAGUGUGGAGGAAAGAGGGAAUCAGAUUCGUGAGGAGCGCCGGGCCCGCGGAAUUGCUAAGAAGGCAACUCUCAAUGAGCAUUGCAACAAGUAUUCUCGUGGGAUCCAACACUUUAUUAAGUUUUUCCUGGGAGGACCUACGAUACCGCAGGACUAUCCCCAAUCGCCGACCUCGGAAGAACUAGAGGCUCUAUAUUGGGUGGACCAAUGA